AUGGAACCUUAUGUGGGCUCUCAUGUGGAUUCUAUUGAAGAAAACGAUAAUACCCCAGUCUCAAAAACUACUAUGAGUAUGGUGACGGUCCGCCUUUCCGACACCACCCUCGGAUCCCUCCCUUCUCCAACUCCGACACUUAAACUCGUCGACGAUAACGCGGAAGAAUUACCUCUUAACAACGGCAAAGAAGAACCCAUGUAUUCCCUGGAACCAAUAGAGUCACCUUCCCCUGACGAAAUGGCUACCUCUCGAAGAUAUAGUACUGAAAGCAUUAGCUCACAGAAUGCUGUUGACUGGGAGGGGCUGGAGAGAACUGAGGGUGAAAGCAUCAAAGACGAAACCUCAGAAGAGGGAACCGCGUUUCUCCUUGCUAGACUGGAACAAGAGAAUAAGCGUCUUGAGAAAGAUCCUAAAGCUCUACACAUUCACCCAGAACGACCACCGUCCCUUGCCCAACUGAAGAGAAUGAUGGACAAGCCUGAUCCCGAAACCCUUCGAUACUCCAUGCUACCCACUCCACCACCUCUCACUGAUCUCGAGUUCUAUGCUGCUCUGGUUGCAGAUUACAAUAGAGCAGCUUCAAAGUUGCCUCACCUUCUUAGCAAGAAGAUACGUGGGGGUAUUCCCCCACCGCUCCGUGGAGUAGUAUGGAUUGCCAUGUCUGGAGCUAGGGAUAGUAGUUUGGAGGGACUCUACGACCAACUUCUGGGCGAGACGUCUCCGUACGAGCAUUUGAUUGGGAAAGAUAUAGGGAGAACAGGGUUGGAGAUGUUCAAACAAGAAGGGGGGGAGGGGCAGAGGAUGCUAGGAAGGGUGCUGAGGGCCUUUAGUAUUUACGAUGCGCAGAUAGGCUAUUGCCAGGGUCUUGGUUUCUUGGUGGGGCCGCUGCUCAUGCAUAUGGGGGAGAAGGAAGCCUUCUGCGUUCUCGUGAGGCUUAUGGAGCAUUAUGAUCUUCGUUCAUGCUUCUUGCCGAAUAUGUACGGGUUGCAAUUGCGAAUGUAUCAGUUCACACAGCUCCUUGCAAUCCAUCUGCCAGAGCUCUCCGCACAUCUCAAUCGCCUUGGGAUCCAGCCAACAUAUGCGUCACAAUGGUUUCUAUCAUUCUUUGCCGUCAGCUGCCCGCUGCCUAUGCUCUUCCGAGUUUACGACGUCAUCUUUGCCGAGGGUGCCCCGGAGACUAUUAUGCGUGUGGCAUUGUCACUUAUGAGACGGAAUGAGAAGCGCUUGCUAGCAACCUCCGAGUUUGAGGACGUAAUGCAGAUGCUUUUGGCUCGGGGGCUAUGGGAUACCUAUAACUUCAAUGCCAAUGACCUUGUCCAGGACUUCGUCGGCCUAACGGGAAUAGUGACUAGCCAGGGGUUGGCGGACUUAGAGAAAAGGUUCAAGGAGGAGCAUCCUGAUGACAACGGCAUCAAAGCCAUACCAGCCAAGACACCUGGUUCAGACUUGCAAGCAGCUGCCUCUAGAUUUUUGGGAAGAAUGUGGGGUGGAGGUUCAUCACCCGGGCCGGUAAGCUUGAGUCCUGCCUCCGGCCAAUCACGACCCGCAAGUAUCUUAAUGAGAAGGACCCCAUCCAAACAGAGUCUUUCAACAGUCAGUUCUUUCGAUGCAUCUGAUACUGGUAGUGGGACCACUGAUGCAACGACUCUGUCACGAUGUUCCUCGGUUGCCGCUGAUGACCGAAGAAUAUCGACCAGGUCAAUAUCAUCAACUCGAAGGCAGAAUAAAGACGGGGAGCUUCAUGGUCAAAUCGAAGACUUGCUUAUGGCCUUGAGUGCAUUACAACGUGAACACGCUGCUAAGGUAGACGAGCUUCAAACGGUUAAAGCUCAGAGAGAGGAGGAACGGAUGCUAGCAAAGAGACUGGUGGAAUUGCUUGCAAAUGGUCCCCCUGAUGGCGAUGAACCGGAGGGUGUCGACGGUAUCGCCGAAAUUAGCGACCUCUGUGACCAGAUAAGCGAAAACCUGACCAGGGCAGAGUCUGAAAUAGUUAUAACACCCAAACCAUCUACCACACAGUUAGAGGAGGAACUCCAGCGAGCCCGCGAACAGAUCCACAGAGAGCAGCUAAAGUCUAGAGACUUGUCAAACAAGCUAGCAGAACAAGAUGCCGAUGUUGUUAGGCUAAGAAGCCAACUUCUUGAUGCCAGAUCCAAGUGGCAGGAAAGCCAGAGAGAGAAACAGCAGCUGCAGAAGACAAUUAAUGAGCUAAAGCACCCCCUAGGUUCACCCGAGCUCAAGGAUCGCGAGGGAGAGCCACAGAAAGGAGGGUUGAGGGAGCUUCGGCUAGGUCGUUCUAAUUCAACUCGGGGACAGCCAACCCCUACUUUCAACAAACGUUCAAGUUCCCUAGGAAUGCAGUCCAUUCUAGCCCAAGAUAACAAUGCCCCGGCAACAGCCGAUGCUCUCCUCGUUGAGCUUGUUGCCAGUAAGACCGCAGAGGCGGUUGCCAAGCAGGAGGCCGAGGAGGCUAGGGCGAAGUUGGAGGCACUGCGGAAGGUUCUUGGAGGAGGCACAAGCAGUAGUGCGAGUUCAUUCCGGGACCCCCCUUUGUCACCAGGACUUGACAGAACGGCGAGUGGCAGUAGCUUCUCCUCAUAUCUCUCGGUUGGAUCACCUGCUUCAGCUACCCCGAGCAGUACAACAAGCAGCGGAGGUGGAUUCUGGGGAGGAUGGGGGAAAAAGUCUACGGCCGUCGAUUCACGAUAG